CAGCUGGUUGCCGGAUGUAGCGCCGGUGGCUUCUGAGCAGGACUAGAGUCUUUGUUUUAGAAACACAGCAGCAGACUGUUGGAGGUUAAGGUGGAUUCAGGGCUGUUUAUUGUUUUAGAUCAGAUCAAGUAACAGAGUCAUUGUGAUGUAUUGAUUGGACAUGUUCUAAUAGUUUCAGCGCUUUGGACAGAUGUUUGCUGUGGUUUAAAAUGAAGACUGUAUUCUCUGUAGGUGAAUAUGGAAGGGUGGUUAGAGUUUCCCCCGGUCUCCAGUAAAGUGGAGCAGCAGAAGAUCCAGCUCUGAUCAGCAGCUCCACACCUCUGUACUCAGACUGCUCUGCUGGAGGAACACCAUCAGCUCACCUGCUGCAGAACUCAAUGCUAUGCUGUUCCAAGUCUUAUCCUGAUCCCAGUGUCAACAUUCCUGCAGUCAGAAGAUUUCACCAAAGAUUUUAAGCUGCUGAACGAAGGGAAGAACAUGGCAUCCUGUGAAAUCUCCAAUACUCAACAAACACCCUCUGCUACACCUCCCACACAAAUACGGAAAAGUACAGACAAGAAGAAAAUUCACCACUGCUCAGAGUGUGGGAAGAGCUUUACUACACAGAGUCAUCUCCAAAUACACCAACGCAUUCACACUGGAGAGAAACCGUAUCAGUGUUCAGAGUGUGGGAUAAGUUUUAAAACUCAGAGUCAUCUCAAAGGACAUCAGCGAACUCACACUGGAGCGAAACCGUAUCACUGUUCAGACUGUGGGAAAAGUUUUACUCAACAGAGUAUCCUUACCAGACACCAGCGCAUUCACACUGGAGAGAAACCAUAUAACUGCUCAGACUGUGGCAAGAGUUUUAUUCAAAUGGGUCAUCUCCAAAAACACCAGUGCAUUCACACUGGAGGGAAACCAUAUCUCUGCUUAGAAUGUGGGAAGAGUUUUACUACACAGAAUGAUCUCCAACAACACCAGCGCAUUCACACAGGAGAGAAACCGUAUCUCUGUUCAGACUGUGGGAAAAGUUUCACUCAACAGAGUAUCCUUAUCAGACACCAGCGCAUUCACACUGGAGAGAAACCAUAUAACUGCUCCGACUGUGGAAAGAGUUUUACUCAACAGAGUAUCCUUACACAACACCAGCGCAUUCACACUGGAGAGAAACCAUAUUUCUGCUCAGACUGUGGGAACAGUUUUACUUCAAAGAGUAAUCUCCAGCAACACCAGCACACUCACACAGGAGAGAAACCGUAUCAGUGUUCAGAGUGUGGGAUUAGUUUUAAAAUUCAGCGUCAUCUCAAAGAACACCAGCGCAUUCACACAGGAGAGAAACCAUAUCACUGUUCAGACUGUGGGAAAAGUUUUACUCAACAGAGUACCCUUACAAGACACCGGCGCAUUCACACUGGAGAGAAACCAUAUUUCUGCUCAGACUGUGGGCAGAAUUUUAAUCAACAGAGUCAUCUCAAAAUACACCAGCGCAUUCACACUGGAGAGAAACCGUUUUACUGCUCAGACUGUGGGAAGAGUUUUAUUCAACAGAGCGUUUUUAUACAACACCAGCGCAUUCACACUGGAGAAAAACCAUAUAACUGCUCAGACUGUGCAGUUAGCUUUAAGUAUCUACGAACACUCAACAAACACAAGUGCAUAAAGAGCAGCCAUGGAAAUCGGCAGUGAAGCACCUAAAACCAUUCCAGAUCACAACCCUGGCUUUUAACAGUUUCUAAGCAUAUUCAUAAAACAAAAUAUAGGUAUAGUGUAUGUAUGUGGGUGAUUGACACAUUUGACUAAAAAAAAAAAUAAAUAAAUAAAUAAAAUCCCAAAUGUAAGUCAUGGAAAUCACUGAGUCAAGUUCUGUCAACUCUUAAAUUAUAUAUAUAUAUAUAUAUAUAUAUAUAUAUAUAUA